AUGCAGAUAAGUAACAGAACAAUGUUUGACAAACGCCAGGAUAUUUUCUUCCCAGGCGACUCUAUUGUGCAGAAGGAUGACAGACAUAGAUGUGGGCCGUUCACACACAUAUCGGGUGGCCAAAUAAGAGCCAGUUGCAUGGGGCGCACCAAGCGGUGUACCUCAGAUGGUGUGACCGUAGUAGAGCUCGUGCCACUGAAAACCCCGGGUGUUGUCCCAUAUGCCGGUGCAAUUGUUCUGGCCAAGACGUUGCCGCAUAGAGACGACUAUCAACGGGUAUCCAGUCAAGCAAGCAUUUUUCCGCCCGGUGAUUUAGAACGACAUCAACCCCUGUGCAUCCCGCCGCAGCAUCUUCUGGACCAUCAGAGAACGAGUUGCCACAAUGUUCCAACCCCCACUGUGGAGGACCAGGAGGCUGUGUUCGUCAGACCUGUAACCAUUGACCACCCUGUAGGGGGCGAGAUGGCUCAGUGGUUAGAGCGCGAAUUUACUGAUCGGGGGGUCCGUGGUUCGAACCUCACCUCUGCAUCUCGACUUCCCCUGUCUAGGCUUGGGCAACCUGGCAGUACCCCAGCCCUCGUGCUUGCUUCGGGUGGCAUGUCAGCUAGGCACCGAAAGGGUGUUACAGCUGAACGAUUAUUCUCCCAGGUGAUUUCCCUAGAACCAUCCUGUCUUCUUGUCAUUCAAGUUUCCAGUCUUUCUCGUCGUAUAGUACGAUGCGAUGUCGUGGCAGUCGGGAAUAUUCCUCUUGCUGGUCCGUUUCGUGGCAUGCUUCGUAGGGAGGACAUCAGAGCUACCCAGCGAGACCAAGCCGAACCUGCUCAAUGCUAUCGACCAGGCGACUUGAUUCGGGCCAGGGUAAUCAAUCUUUUGGGUCCCGGUUCCACACCAGAGUCUACUUUUCUGUCCGGGGAAAAUGUUUCAUCUGCGGCUGCUACCACAUUGUUGGCUGCACGAGCCGUAUCCGUUUCAGUGGGCGCCACCGCAGAUAUAUCAGGUGGAUUGGCAUCUAAUGCGGUCUGUCUCUUAUCCACCGCAGAACCCGACUUAGGUGUAGUACUCGGGCUAGGACGAGCUCCAGACACGGACUUCGCUGAACUCCUUGGUAGCACGAGUGGCUGCCCUUUAAUUCCGGUCAGCUGGACGGAAAUGCUUUGUCCACACACCCUCAGUCGUUUCCCGCGAAAAGUUGCGCGUGUGUCGGACGAACUGCUAACACAACUUGUUAAAACUGAAAUUGAAUAGUAUGUCUG